AUGCUGGCAUUUUUCUUGAUCCUCUUCGCUGCCAGCUUGGCCAACAGUUGCCCGACUCCGAGUGGGGAUUCCGCGGGCGUCCCUUUUGUCAACGUUACUACGAACGGCGGAUCCUGGUUAGAUAAUGCUGGGGAUGGCUUCGGCGAGCCUCUGAAUGUCAUCAUUUCCGGCGAAAGUUCGGCCGAAGUUCUCACUCAACCGGGCCUCCUUCGGUGGGCUCAGUCCAUUGGCUUUUCUACCGAAUGCUUGGGUAUCCAUCUUGGCGCCCCCCAGUCUGCCAACCUCGGUGAUGGUAAUGGCUUUGUCAACCAGACCAUCGAGCUCCGCGAGGACUACGGUGUUGCGGAAGACGGCACCUGCCUCGAGUCACUCAUCGGCGGCAACCAUUUCAGAGUCUACGUUCAGAACGGCACCCUUGCUCCCACCGGCGCUUUCUUCCUUGCUGUCUCCAAAGAGGAGGACGCUUUUGAUGACCAUAACAUCGUACCCGACGGCUACAAUAUCGGCCGUGACGAGAUGGUUGCGGGCGCUGUUGGUAUGACUACGUUCGACGGUACCACCUUCAACACCACGGCCGUGAACAUGACGAAUGCCAUGCCUGCUGGAAGUGCUGGUGUUAACCACGGUAUUGCUGUCGAUGGGGCUGUCAUUCUUUUGACUAUUAUGAUUGUCUGA